AGUGUGUACAUGACUGUGUAGUUGCAAAGCUUCUGUUGGUGUGUAUUCAACAGCAGGAAAAGCAUUUCACAGGCUUUAACUGGUUAAUUAGCCCUUUUGUACUCUAGUACUGCAGUUCAACAUUGAUACAGCUGUCGACCAUUCUAGCUAGCUAGCUACAGCUUGUAAUCCCUCACUUCAUCACUGCACUGGUUGAAGAGUAUGUCUGCAGCAGUGUCAUUGGCAAGAGAGCAGUCAUCCAGCAGUUCUUCUACUAAGAGGAGGGCUAGGAUAGUCUCAAAGUCAGAGGUGCUUGUACUCUGCAGGCCUUGUAGCAGGAGGCAUCGAACCAUCUCAGUUGGAGUUACAGUGGAGAGGGGUUGCAUUCAGAUGCAUUCAGUGCAAAGAAAAAUGGCCCUUUUCAAGACAAAUAUUGAUGUUAUUCAUGACCUGAAAACAGUCUGGGUGAACGACAUGAUUGACGACGAGACCGGAGAUAUUAGGAAUUGCUUUGCAGUACUGACUCCAGAAAACGAGUACAUUUUGCAAUCAGCUAACCAUCGAACAAAGAUUGAGUGGAUGCAAGCCAUUUCUGUUGCAGUCUCACAGUCCCUCAAGUUUCGGGGGAGCUACAGACCUAGUAACUGGAGCAAGCUAGACGAUCUACGAAAGUGGCUGUCUGUUAGAGAGGUGGAGUUUCACUACAGGACACACCCACUUUACAAGGGAGCAGUGUACACUGGGAAAUGGAACCUUGGAAUGCCCCAUAUAUGUGGAUCCAUGAAGUGGCCUAAUGGCGACUGCUACGAAGGAGAAUUCUUGUUUGGGAAAUUCCAUGGCACUGGUACGAUGCUCUGGCUCUCCCAUCACAACAGACGUACCUACACUGGCAGUUGGAGAGACGGUAGCAUACAAGGCUACGGUGAGAUGACAUACACAGAUCACACCGUGUACACUGGGUGGUGGUCCAUGGAAAGAAGGUGUGGUCACGGUCGUCUGGAUCUACCUGAAGGGGGCGGGGCUUAUAUCGGAGCCUGGGAAGGAGGGAAGAGAAAUGGAUAUGGCAUCUUUAACAAUGUGGCUAAAUCCGAGCGCUAUCUGGGCAUGUGGAGAAAUGAUAAACGACACGGACCCGGGAUCUUGGCGGCAAACAACAAGUUCUACUACUCUGGAAACUAUGACAAUGGAGAGAAGAAAUUGUUUGGUGGACGGAGCUCCGAGUCAGUGAACCAAGACGAUAAGUGGAGUCCCAUAUUCCAGUCCGCCAGUGCACUCCUCGAACAAAUGGUGAGCAUCAGUCACAGUGAUGGUGGUCAAGAGAUGCAGCCUCUCAAGGUAGAGGCAGCUGGUAGUGAUACAGACAGUGCCGUGGCCAUGGAUUUCAGUGAUAUUGGAGCAUCACCUGACAUGGACGUGAGCUGUCGGACGUGCCACGGUAGUCUCCGAGACGAGGGGGAGUGUGUGGUGUGUAGAGUGGAGGGCUUCAAGUCCAGUGAUCAUCCCCUGGGGCUACUAGUCAAUAUCCUCACAAGGUGUUUCAACGAGAGCUACUCGGGCAUUGGUUGUCAUAGUAGCCUCCUCUCCCACGCAGUCGGAGAGUUGUGCUCCAUUACCACAAGACUACACCAUCUCGUAAAAUUGCACUGCCCCACGCUGAUAUCAGUAGACGAAGAUGACCUCACUGGAAAACCCAAAUCACAACUGAGUCUCCUGUUAAAAUCCCGCAAGGGGUUUCGAAGAACCUCACAAAAGAAUAGCUUUGGUACAGACCCAAGCUGGCUACACCCGAUAUUACUACCGUCCAUUUUCAAGACUCUCUUUGCACUGUACAGCGAGCAUCAUCGCGAGGACAGUAAGAGGCUGAGUGAGAAGAUGGCGACGUUGGACACGAUGAGUGACGAGAGACUCUGUAGAGCCGUGGGUAUUCCUAGUUUAUAUCAAGACUAUCUACAGCGUAACCAAGACAACGACGAUUCCCUCCUCACCACACCCCUCUCCGACAGAUGCGAGAGCGCUGCCCUCAUACUGCAGAGAAUCAAUCAGUUCUCCACACCUCAGAACAAGUUGCUGUGUGUACAAGAAGCCAACGAUGAACUUGUGAAUCUUCUGGAUGAGCUGAGGGACGACCAAUCAACUUAUGACUCAAGGGACCCCCCACUCUCCCCACUAGACGAUCCCCCACACAUUGACCCCCAGCAGGGGGCAGAGUACCCCCCACAUAGGCAGUCUGUGGGAAGAAGGAGGAGUGUUCCCACUGGACUGUUCUCAUUGGUCGCUGUGAGAUCUAGAUUGGAGAAUCUUUGCUCUGAGAUCCAGUUUAUUCAAGACUUUGCCGGAACGUACCUCCUGACUGGGAAAAAUGGAUUCCUGCUCGGCAAGCUACAGGACUGCCACUUCCAGCUUCAAGAGCUUCGAUUACAAGAAUUUGAAUCAAGUCAAGAAUUGUUGAACAGAAAACGAACAAUUACUUAUGUCAGAUAAAAACAUGCAACGAGUAUUUACGACUAUAUAUACCAGCUGCAACUAAUUAACACAAAGCGUACUAUAACUAAUUUUUAUCACACUGUAUCAGGAGGCCUAGGAAAUUUGCAUUUUCUG